AUGGUGAUCAACUACAGCAAAUGGGACGCCCUGGAGCUCUCUGACGACAGCGACAUCGAAGUACACCCCAACGUGGACAAAAAGUCCUUUAUCCGCGCAAAGCAAGCCCAAAUACACCAGGAACGCGACCAUCGCCGCCACCAAAUACGCACCCUCAAGUACGAGCGCAUCAUCAACGAUGGCCUCACCGAACGCGUCGACCGUCUCCUCACCGCGCUCAAGUCGCACAAGGACAAGCAGGCCGAGGGAAAUGGCGCAAAUGACGACCAGCUCGUCUUCCAGGCCAUGAUGGAGAGCAUGAUGGACAUGAAGAUCGACAAGGACGGCGGCUCAGAUCGGCCGCCACCACCACCAGAGGGCGUUCACGAGCAUAUCAAGGACAAGCCCACGUACCCACAGAUGAUGGCGAGUCUGGUAGACGCGGUCAAGAAGGACAUUGACGAGCAGAAGAGCGACGAGCCACGGUACACACUAUUCAUACAAGGGUUAGAGAAGGAGAAGGCGCGCAUACAAGAUCUCCAGGGUCAAUUGCUGGCAAAGCUGGACGAGCUGGAGAAGGAGGACAAGAAGCACAUUACUAGCGAUGACAUCCACGAGGGCUUUAGCUACUCCAACGUCAAGAAGGCUGAAGAAGAGCAGAAGAAGAAGGCCGCCGCGUCGUCUUCGACAGUAGCGAAGAAGGAGCCCACAGUCGAACUGCUCAACAACCCGCAACGGCCCGCAGCCACCCGGACAGACACAGGUCAAUCAUCGGGCGCAGAUGGCGACAUUGAAGAAGGAAGCGUCGUUGAAGCCUCCCCAGAAGAUGACGACGACGACAUCACCGCCUCACCCCUCGCGCAACAAUUUGCGAAGAUAAAGGUCGGAGACUGGUAUGCAUGCCUACAAUUCCUGAUGGCGCACCCAGAGAUCCUAGCCGAAAAAGAGACCGACGGACUCCUCGUCGAAGCCUUCAAUUCCGAACUCGACGGCAAGCCAAAACACGCUCGACAGUGCGUGCACCAAGGUCUUCUACUGCAGUACUGCCGUCAACUUGGUGGCCGGCAAGGCGUGGAGCUCUUCUUCAAGCGCAUACAAACGAAAGACCACCAGGCCGGCAAGAUGUUCAACGACGAUGUGGAUUCUACAUACCACCGUAUCAAGACACGCGCUGCUGAGAUCCUGAAAGAACGCGCUGAGAACCCACAGUCGGAAGGUGCAGGUGUAGAGCAGAUCCAACUCCAUGCCGUAGACCCCAACACACAAAUCAACAUUUCUGUUCCGCCCAAGGAGUCGGUUGCUACAGACCCCCAAGAAAAAGAGGUAGAAGAGCAAGCAAGGCAGAUCUUCGAGAGCUUCCCACCAGGAUUGCAGCGGGCGCUUGAAAGCGGGAAACUGGACGAGGUAAACAAGGUGCUAGCCAAGAUGAGUGUGGAUGAGGCGGAAGAGGUGGUAGAGAAGCUGGGUCAGGGUGGCAUGUUAAGCCUCGAGGAGGGCGUUAUUGACGCAACUACCGAGGAGGGUCAGCAGAUUAUGGGCGAGAUUGAGAAGAACAGGAAGAUGCCAGGACAGGCGUGA